UCGAACCGUCAGCAUGAUUGAGAGGACAAGGAGAGGACCCUAAGCACUCACUGCCUGCUGAUCCCACACACAUCUGCCGCCCAGAGGGACCAGGUAAAGAGUUAGAAUUUUUCAGUCCAUGAGAAUCUUGGAUUGGUCUUAACAAGUCGAAAAAUGCAGAGUGUGACUGUACCUGUAUGUUUCUGCUGAAUGCCACGCAGUUGGAGGGACGAAGGGACACACCGGAGAAGAAUGUCCCUAUGGAUCUCAAUCACACUCAUAGCAAUGAUAACUGUAAUGAUACGAAAUACAUCGUACCGGGGAGCCCGACCAUAGCGGCCCUCAUGUUCUCGGCCGGCGUCGUGGGUAACUUGGUGGCUUUGCUGCUUUUGGAAGUCCAUCGGAGGAAGGAGGAGAUGCGCAAGCGCCAGUCCCUGUUCCUCGUGCUUGUCACUGCCCUCGUGGUCACGGAUCUUCUGGGGACCCUCUUCGUGAGCCCCAUCGUCUUGACUUCAUAUGCCACAAAUAUCAGCCUGAUAGGCUUGAGCCACAAUGAGUACGUGUGCAAGUAUUUUGGCUUCAGCAUGACUUUUUUUGGCCUGGCCACCUUGGAUAUCCUUUUGGCGAUGGCCUUGGAGCGCUGGUUUUCAAUAGCAUGUCCUUAUUUCUAUGAGCGGCACAUCACCAGGCGAUACGGGUUCAUUACCAUUCCUUUAAUAAUUAUUGUUAAUAUAAUCUUCUCCCUGUUGCCUCUGUUCAACGUUGGGACGUAUAUACAGUACUGCCCUGGAACGUGGUGCUUCAUUGCCAUGAACCCAAAAAUCACCAUGAGCAGAGUGUACGCCCAUCUGUAUGCCAUCAUGAUGCUCUUCAUCAUAUUGUCAGUGGUGAUCUGCAAUGUGUCUGUCAUCUGCCACUUGGUCCUCAUGUAUCGGAGGCGCAAAAUGAACCAGGGGUCUACUGUCAGGCGAAACAGACGAUACAAGAGAUCACUUUCUAUGUCGGAAGAAGUGGAACAUCUCGUCCUCCUGGCAUUCAUGACAGUGGCCUUCGUCAUUUGCUCCAUUCCAGUAGUGAUACGCAUUUACUUCAAUUACAUGUCUGACUCCGACUCUAACGCUGACCUCCGUGCACUGCGCUUCCUAUCUUUGAAUUCCAUCAUCGAUCCCUGGGUCUUCAUCAUCCUCAACCCAUCGGUGCUGCGCUUUCUCCGGGGGACUCUAUGCAGGAAGCGGCUCUCAAGGCCUUCGCUGGACAAAGGAUCAUGCACCCAACCCUCACUCUCCAAUCAGACCUCUCUCAUGGAGCUCAACAAGGUUUAGACCUGUGUGUCCUAGUUGGGGGAAGGAACUGGUGGUUGGGUGGUUGUCCCUGGAGGAGCAGUGAUGUUAAUGUCUUUGACCUAUGGUUCAGGCCUGACGGACUGAAAGCCAAAGACCAGACAAAGACCCACUCCUCACAGGACAGGAUAUGCUAUGUAGCCAUUUUUGGCAAUCAUGGGAAAUCUGUGUAACCCUUCUUCUGAAAAGAAUGUGUUCUGGAAGUCCUGUAUGGGGAAUUUUUGACUUCACUGGAGAAAAGCUUGGGUCACGAAGGCUUAUCAUUACAAGUUUGUCCAUGCAUAAGGGUUGCAUUUCAGUCCCAAUGACUCAGACAUCAGUCAUUACAUUUUCAAUUAGAAAUUGAAAAUUAUUGAACAAGCUGUCCACAUUUCACUAUGAUACUCUAUUCAACUUGAAAGUAUGACUGCAAUAAUGGCCCUCUUGUCAAGGUUAGAGGGAUAGUCUGCACUAGCUUUAUAGAUUCUUCGAGGAAAUUACACCAAAGUUAUGUUUCAGAUACGUAACUUUUUAUACGUUCGAUCCCCACUCACUCUAGGUGGAGUAUGCAGUGUUCUUCCUAUGUCUGUAUGGGUUUCCUCCAGGUGCUCUGGUUUCUUCCCAUAGUCCAAAGACCUGCAGUUCGGUGACACUAAAUUGCCGUUAAUCACUCACCCAUUCAUGCACUAUGUUUGGGUGGCUACCUUAUUAUGGACUGCUGUCCUGUUCUGUGUGUACCACCCCCC